UGAGAGGGGAUUCAAGGUGAGUGCAGUCAGUCUCCAUAAUAGACGAGCGACGUUAACUCUCAAUUCAAAUGUCAACCCAAAGGAGACAUCCACUCGCGUAUACUCCAUCGACGGAUUUGAACCAUCCACUGUGGAACUUCUGAGGGAAUACCUCUAUACCGGAGACUACACCACAGAGAACGAGACGCGUGAUGACUACGGUACAUUUCUCUUCACUCUUUCUCUUUUGCUGUUCUCAGUCUGACCUCGGUGACCGUCCGGAAUAUUGGAAACAGAGCGAGUGAGCUGACUGAGACAGGGAUUGUUACUUUAAAAAACCACCCUAUUUUAUCCGAAGCACUGAUGCCCCACCUCCGUGUUGCUGCAAUUGCGGAUUACUUCGAUAUUCAACCGCUGCAGAAUCUCAUUCUCGUAAAGGUGGAUGAGGUCCUCAAGAUACCAUGGUCGUCCGAAGGCUUUGCAGAGGCCGUCAAUUUAGCCUUCGAGGUGAACGAUGAAACUCUUCGUAGCAAGAUGGCCACAAUUGUGUUCGAUCAUUUGGAGGACCUUCUUCAUCAAGAGUUCCCGGCCCGGUUCUUUGCAAACGACCUAUCAAGACGGGUGUUCCGCUUGACGCAGAAUAGAAAACGAGACAUGGAGGGCGAAAUCAAGGAAUUGUCGAACGAGAAGGUGGCCCUGCUCAAUCGGUUCGAACAGGCGGUGAUGGGGUACAAAUUGGCCGUUGUGUAUAAUGGCUAUGACUUUGUGUUGAAAGGCACUUGUCUCAAAUGUGGGCAGAUUAGGAAUUACAACAAGAGCGAGCUUGACUCCCCGCAUUGCGAGAGAUGUCAUUUGUGGUUGUCUUCGUGAAGUGUGAGGAUGCUAGGCACUCAGAUAACUCUUCCG